AUGUCAUCUUCCCAUUCCUCUUCAGGUAAUCUAGAUUCAAGAAAGAGACAAUCCAAAAGGGAUGAUGCUAUUAGAAGAAGAAUUGAACAUGAUUUGAAUAAGAAAAAGAAAAAUGGAACAACUUCAACAAGAAGAAGAAAAGCUACUCCAGGAACUGUAUUAUCUUUGAAACCAAGUGAUCCUAUUAUUUGUAAAACAACCUCCACAGUAUAUGAAGUUUCUCAAUUAAUGACUGCUAAACGAGAAAAUUGUGUAUUGGUAGUUGAUGAAGUGGGUCAAUUAUUGGGUAUUUUCACUGCUAAAGAUUUAGCUUUUAGAAUUGUUGGAUCAGGAUUAAAUGCUAAUCAAGUGACCAUUGAUCAAAUCAUGACAAAGGAUCCAAUCUGUGCUAAUGCCAACAAUGCUGCUGGUGAAGCAUUGACUUUAAUGGUUGAAAAAGGUUUUAGACACCUUCCUGUGUUGGAUGACGAUAAUCAUAUUGUUGGAGUCUUGGAUAUUACCAAAUGUUAUGCUGAACAAAUGUCUAAAUUGGAAAGAAUGCAUAGUUCUAGUAAGAAAUUAUACGAAGCUUUGGAUUCAGUUCAUUCUGAAAUGGGAGUCAGUGAACAACCACAACAUGUUUUCCAAUAUUUUGAAACUUUAAAAAAUAAAAUGAAUGGUCCAACUUUGGAAAAUGUUUUGGAUUUCCAUACCGAACCUAUUUACACAAAUGUUAAAGCAUCUGUUUUUGAAGCAACGAUUUUGAUGAAGGAAAACAGAACUACAGCUGUGUUGGUCAAAGAUACAAACGAUGAAGUUGCUGGUAUUUUCACAUCUAAAGAUGUGGUGUUGAGAGUAAUUGCAGCUGGUUUGGAUCCAAAGAAAUGUUCUAUUGUAAGAGUUAUGACACCACAACCUGAUGUGGCCCAUGUUAGUUUACCUGUUCCAGAGGCAUUGAGAAAAAUGUUUGAUGGUCACUAUUUGAAUUUGCCAGUUGUUGGUGAUGAAGAUGAGAUCAUUGGUAUUGUGGAUGUUUUAAAAUUGACUUAUGUUACAUUGAAUCAACUUAAACAAUUGGAGACUACAGCUGCUUUUACAACAGAAACCGGAACAGAUUCUGUAGAUACCCCUACUGGUGAAGGUCCAGCUUGGAACAAGUUUUGGACGUCACUUGACAACCACACUGAAGGAGAAACUGAAUCGGCUCAUUCUGAUUCCUUAAUGGAUGCCGGUGCAUUCAGCAAUAGUGGUGUUGGUGCUGGUAUUACUGGUAGUGGAGCUCCAGAUAUAACACCAUCUGAAUUCCAUUCCUUUAAUGUUGAUAUUAAACCGUCUGAUUCUGUAUCCCAUGUUGAAUCACUUCCAUUUAAAGCUUCAUCAUUGAAAUAUGCAUCAUCAGCAGCAAUUGAUGAAAUUCCAUUCACGUUCAAGUUCAAAUCUCCAGGAAUUGAAGGAAGGGUACAUAGAAUCACUUUGAAAUCAUCUGAAGGUAUCGUCAGAUUAAAAGAAUUAAUAGAUGCAAAAUUGCAUGAAAAGGAUUAUACGGUUUUGAAUAUUGAAUCUGAUGAGAAAUAUGCCAUUAGUUAUGUUGAUGAUGAAGGUGAUGUUGUUUCCAUUACUAGUGAUGAUGAUUUAUGUGAAUGUAUAAAAAUCAAUUUGAAACUUCAAAAUGACAAAGCUGAUUUGUAUCUUCACAAUCCUCAUGAACAUGCUACCAUUGAAGAUGUUAAAUCAAUCUAUUCUAGAAAAAGUGUUAGAAAGAAUAAUAUUGGUUCUAGUGAUUUGAUCGCUGGUGUUCCAAACGAAAUUCUUAUCCCUAGUGCUUUAGCUGUUUUAGGUGCUUCAAUAAUUAUUGGUUUUACUUUUGCUAGAAAAUAG